AUGCCUCCAUCCAAAAAAUGCAAGCUCACCAUCUGGGCCGCCACAAUCGAAGACGCCAAAGACCACGUCCGCAAGAUCCGCCGCGAAGCCAAGUUCGACUACGGCUUACCCGCCAACUACAACCUCCGCCGAAACGACCCACAUCACAUCGUUUGGCUUGUCAAGGACAGAACAUGUUUCCUCGUCGCCGCUCAUGCCGUCGAGUCCGACAUCGCCCGCUUACUCCACCUCAUCCUUACCUGGCCGACCGAGUUCCAAACCGCAGACGUAACAGCAAAGUACAUCGCGGGCGUCUGCGCAUUGCAGAAAUUCGCAUACACGCGCUUCGAAGGCGUGGCGGAGAACAAGUUCAGGGGCUAUGUGACCUGGAGCACUGUUCGACGUGCAUGGGAGCUCGGCAAUUUCGAGAUCAAGACCGUUCCAAAGAAGUGGGUUCAGAAGUCCACGAAGUCGGAAGUGGUAGACAAGAAUGCCCAUACGAUGACAGACGCCAUCGAAUCCGACAUCGCUCGCCUGACUUCCCUCAUCCCGCCCUCCUCAUGGCCACCUCGCUUCACCGACCUCAAUGAAGCCCGCAACUUCAUCGGCCAGUGUUGCUACGGGACGGGAUUCAAGUACACGGGCUGUCCGGAUGUUGCAAUGCAUAAGUAUCGGCUGUUUGUGAACUUCAAUGCGGCGAAGUAUGCGCUUGAGGAUGGGAUGUUUGAGGUUGAGCGGGAGGUGCCCGAGAGGAAGGCGUUGAGGAAGGCGUUGAGGAAGGCGAUGAGUGGGGGAAGAGAUAGAAAGGUGGAGCGGAAUGAUGAGGUUAGGGUUGUUGAUGUGAAGGGGCCUGCGGCUGCGAGAGAGGAGGAUGCACGCGUCUGUGACGGUGCCGACUGCCUCCACGAUGUCAAGACCGUGGAGUGGAACGACUACGAUACCAGCAACUUUGAGCCUUGGCCUGCUUGCUCAUUCUCUUCAUCCGAGAUAGCCUAUUCAGAAAACGGUGUUGGGGCGAAGGCGCUUGCCGAUCACAAGGAGGAUGUUGUGGCAGCUUCUGCUGUCCUGGAGGAAGCUGCUGCCGUCGACUCUUUCAAGAAGCUGGUCGCUGAUCUUCAACGCAGAUACGUCCUCAAGGCCGCCUUCGAAUGAUUGAUCUGCUGAAUGACAGACAUUUCAGUCAUCAUACAGCGAGAUCUCAACACUAGAAAAGGUGAUUGGAUGGUAUUUGGGAGUGUCUGAAAAGCUUGGUAUGUUUUCAAUGGGUGUGAUCUUUCGAACAUUGGUUAUUGCUUGAUGAAGACCUUCGGAUCUGAUUUUGAGGGCAUAUGCUGCUUUCUGGAAGGCGAUCUUGGGUUCUGGGCAUGUUUACAUAUCCUAUGGCAAGAUCUGACCUGUUCAAAUGAUAUACUGUUUGAUUCUCGACCACUGGUAGUGUUCUGCUCGUUAUACUGGCGGUGAUGCUGCUGAAUAGAGCGAUGGGAGACGUGUUGCCCUCAUGACGUCAGUCCACUAUUUUCCCGAACCGUUCGGUGACAGCUGCCCCGAACAUGUCGAUCGAACGAAA